AUGUUCGAUGUCCCUUUACGACAAGCCCGUGAGUUCCAAGUGCAGAACGUGAAUCUGGCACGUUUUGCCCUCUUCCGAGAAGACAUCCGUGACCUUGCAGCUUUGACGACUGACAAGGUGGCGAACCUGCUGGUUGUCAACACUCUCAAGGCUAUGCGAACUUGGGCGCUGUACUUCAAUUUCGACCGCACCGACAGCGGAUUCCAAGAACGGACCUAUCAGGAGGAUCAGCUCGCUGUACUUCUGGGAAUGACUCUCCUGACGUCCUUUUUUUUCCUGAUGACUUCGAUAUGGUUCGCUAUGCACGCGCUGCAGCUGGCUCAAGCUAUCACUACCAAGCUUCUGGUGCAGGUCGUGCGCAUUCCCAUGCCAUCUGAGAACGAGAUUGCCAAGGCAUCCACCGAAGGAAAAGAUUUCGAGCUGAACUUUCGCGAGGCGCUCCGACUGCCGUUCGUUCGUCCUGCGGCGCUCAACAAGGACACUCUGCGGGAUCAAAUGAAGGACGUCGGCCGUCAGUUGCCGCAGUUGGCCGAAGAGGUGAACCGGGAGGACUCCAGGCUAUCAAACGACACCCGUGCAGCCAGCCCGGCGGCGGCUCCAUCUCCGACAGAUUCCAAAGGCACGCCGUUGCUGCAGACGACGAGACCCAUGAAUUUGGAGGUGUCGAUGCAGGAGCUGCUGCACUGCCUGCCUCCUCACGCUGCCGGAGCUUUCUCCGAGAUGGAGCCGCAUCUGAAGCUACUUUGCUUAGUGGCAUCUGCCUGGCAGCCUUUUGACCUGUACAGCCGGGUUACUACAGUCCUCGGAUCUUCCUGUCUGUUCAGUGGCUUGGCAUAUUUCUCCUUGUACUACAACAAGUUUGACGUUGACGGAAGCAGCAGCAUGCCCACGGAGGCUUGGUGCAGCUUUUUGUUUAUGUCGACAUUGGCUUGGUGGAACCUCACCAUCGAGAUUUCAGGUAGCAAGCUGGACCUUUUCGUUGCUGCACUGCUAAUUCUGGUUGGUCCGACGCUGUGGGUGGCCUCGAACAAGCCGACACUACAUGCCAGCGUGAUGCAGCAUUUCGGCUACCCGGUGUUGGUGACCAUCCAGGCCUCCUGGAUUUGCUUCUUGGGCAUCCGAGCCUUCACGUGUGGUGGGGAGUGGCCUCACUUUUUCACGAGCACCCGCUACCUGAACGUUGUCCACAAGCAACGGGGUCCCAUCGAAAUCCCCGUGGACAUCGCGCGGAAGGUGCAUGAAGACGAGGAUACUUCCACGGAGUCAUCUGUCAAUUUCAAGGACCUGCCUUGUCCUCCCACCCAGCGAACAUCUGUGCAGCUCAAUCCCAAUCGCUCCCAGGAUUCGCAGCAUGCCAUGGCCUUGGCGCAGCCGCUGAUCGAUGUCUUAAGCCUCAUGCCUUGCAAGAAAUGGGAGGUUGUUUGUGUAGAGAUGCCCUGCUUGCGAAGACUUGCUGCAGGUUGCAUCGGCGAUUUGCCUCAGUCCUCCUCUUCCCGUGCGGCU